AUGAGGAUUCUUAUCAUCGGUGGCAGUGGGCGGACUGGCAAGUUGACUACAGAAGAGCUUCUGCAUCGAGGACACAAAGUGACUGCCCUAGUUAGGAAUUUGUCAGCAAUGGAAGAUAUGCCGGCAGGUCUAGAUACUAUAAAAGGUGAAGAUGACUUCACCAAGAACGCCACUGCUGUUGGCUAA